AUGCAUCAAAGCAGGUUAUCGCUACAGCUCCUGCUAUGGAGUACCGCCCUUGUCCAGGGUCUCCCUACAGACGAAAACUCCAACAGCCAUGGCAGUUUAGAUAACCGAGAGGCUUCAAACAACAUUGGAUUCGUCACAUUUAACUCGAAAGCCCAUGGCAAUGUAAAGCGAGAUGCUCCUAGCGAUUCCAACCCGCAACUUGGGUUUGUAACGUUUAAGAUGAGCUCGAAACGAUCAGUUUCCAGAGACAGCCACACAGACAAACUCUCAAGAGUUGCUCAGAACCUAGCAGCUAAGUACGGGUCCAAAGUGCCCACUCGUUCCACAUCCGAGGAUCCAGCUCUUCGUAAUCGAGACAACAACUACCAUGUAGAUACUGCCGUCAACCCCUCAGUCAGCAAUGCUGUGGGAAUCGACCAGGACGGGACGGACUACUCGUAUUUUGUCGAGGCUGCCUUUGGCUCUGAAGGGAAGAAGAUGUACAUGCUUGUCGAUACUGGUGCUAGUACAACGUGGGUUAUGGGCUCGGGUUGCACCACUAGCGCAUGCACCAAGCAUAAUACAUUUGGACCAAAUGAUUCCAAGACGUACAAGGACACCGAAGAAAACUACUCGGUAGAAUAUGGUUCCGGAGAAGUGAGCGGGCACGUUGUGUCUGACAGUAUCAGCAUCGCGGGAUUGGAGGUAACAAUGCCCUUUGGCGUUGCUAAUAUCACUUCAGACCAAUUUUCCCAGUUUCCCUUUGAGGGUAUCUUGGGGCUGUCCAUGGUCGACGGCACGUGGCUUACCCAUCUCAAGGAUGCCAAGCUGAUCGAUUCUAAUGUGUUUGGAAUUGCGUUGAACAGGAAGGCGGAUGGCGCUAACGACGGGGAGGUGGCUUUUGGUGCGCCGAACAAGGCCAAGUACACUGGUGACAUAUCGUACACUGGCCUCAAGUCUGGAAAUAGUUGGGCUAUCCCGAUGGACGAUGUGCUAUUUGGUGGCAAGUCAGCUGGAGUGAAGGGUAGACUCGCCUAUAUCGACACCGGCACCACCUUUGUUUUCGGUCCCCCUGAUGAUGUUGCGGCUCUGUACAAGCUGAUCCCUGGUUCUAAAACUAUCGACAACGGCGAGACUUAUACUGUUCCGUGUGAUACCGAUGGUGAAGUCGCAUUCUCCUUCUCUGGAAAAGCUUACACAGCCUCUUCAAAGGACUUUAUAACUGCUCCCAACACUGCUGGAACUUGCUUCGGCAGCGUGUAUGGAAUGGAAUUUGUGCCUGGCGCUUGGCUUCUUGGAGAUAUGUUCUUGAAGAAUGUCUACAGCGUGUUCGAUAUGGACCAAAAACAAAUCGGAUUCGCCGCCAGGGCAGCUUCCAGCAGCGGUACUAGCAGCAGUGCAAGCCCCAGCGGAACGUCAACGACAUCUCCAAGUGGUUCAUCGACUUCCGGAUCGGCUUCCGCAACGGCUACAUCAGAUGGUUCCAGCCCAACGGGUUCUCCUUCAGACGGUUCUGGGGUUGGCCUCGUUCCCGAAGAUACGCCAGCCGCAGGCUCGGGCACGAGCAGUUCGCCGACAGAGUCCGCGCCGGGAAGCACGCCUACCACAGACUCUUCGGGCGUGAGGUUAAGCGCAGUGGGCGUAUAUACGUCGUUGAUGUGUAUCCUAUUAAUCGGCAUGAUUAUGUAG